AAAAAUUUAAAUGGAGUCUCAGACUUUAGUUUAUUACGUAGUCAUUGGAGAAGCAGCCAGUAAGAAUAUAGUCUACGAUCAUCUUUCAUCAACACAGAAUAAGAAAGAUUACUCUGCUUAUGUUAAUCAUGCUAUGAGUAUAUUAAAACAAACUCGAGAGACUCUAAAUGAAAACCAAAAGACUUCGAAUAGUUUCGGAAGUUGGUACUCUCACUCCUUGGAUAAGCUCACAAUUAUUAUUUUGACAGAUCCCUUAAUGGCCGAUGAGAAUGCAAUGCAAAUGAUGCGGUCUCUUGGGGGAAAUAUUUCCUCUACUUUCCCGGAUUUGCCAUUAAAUCCUAGUGCCCAGAUCAGUAGAUCUGAGAUGGAGAAUAUUGUGAGAUCGCUUAGUGAAACUUUUGGAAAAGUCAAUGAUAAACUUUAUAAAGCAAAACAAUCAUUCAAUGCCACUACCACUGUUAUGCGUAAUAACAUCGGAAGUAUGAUGGAAAAUUCACACAAACUUGAUGAUAUGGAGGUGCAGAGUAGCGAUAUGAGAAAUGCAGCACAUAUGUUCUCCCAAAAAGGCAAACUACUUGAGGAAAAGUUAAAAAGGAGAAACCGUAUGUUAAUGAUCGCAGUAGCAGCAAUUGGACUCUUCUUCGUCAUUCUCAUUAUACUGUACUUCUCUUAA